CGGGCGGCGCGGGCGGCAGCCCUGGGGGCCGGGGCGUCUCCGCGCGCGGCGUCGCGGUCCCCUGUUCCGGGUGGAGAACGCGGGGCCCCGAGUGGACGGUCCGGGCCCCGUCCUGGCGUGGCAGGUGCGCCCGCGGCCCUGAGGGGACGGGAGGAGUCGGCGCCGAGCAGUUCAGUGGCCUCCGUGUCGCUUUGCUCCCAGGACCUUUCUUCACGCUCAUCCUUCCCCUGUACCCAUUUGGGGAAGUUACGUGCGUUCCUCUGUGAGGGCGGAGGCAGCUGCAUCUGGGACCUCCCUCUGGGCUGGCUGAUCAGACGAGGAAGCAGCCAUGUCUGCCGUGGGGGCCACAGCUCCAUACCUGCAUUAUCCUGGCGACAGUCACAGUGGCCGGGUGAGUUUCCUGGGGGCCCAGCUACCACCAGAGGUGGCAGCGAUGGCUCGGCUCCUGGGGGACGUGGACAGGAGCACGUUCAGGAAGUUGCUGAAGCUCGUGGUCAGCAGCCUGCAGGGGGAGGACUGCCGAGAGGCUGUGCGGCGCCUCGGGGCCAGCGCCGGCCUGCCUGAGGAGCGGCUGGGUGCCCUGCUGGCGGGCACGCACGCACUGCUCCAGCAGGCCCUCCGGCUACCCCCCGCCAGCCUGAAGCCCGACGCCUUCAAGGACCAGCUCCAGGAGCUCUGUAUCCCCCAAGACCUGGUCGGGGACUUGGCCAGUGUGGUGUUUGGGAGCCAGCGGCCCCUCCUGGACUCCGUGGCCCAGCAGCAGGGGGCCUGGCUGCCCCACGUUGCUGACUUCCGGUGGCGGGUGGACGUGGCGAUCUCCACCAGUGCCCUAGCCCGCUCCCUGCAGCCGAGCGUGCUGGUGCAGCUGAAGCUUUCAGAUGGGUCAGCACACCGAUUCGAGGUCCCCACGGCCAAGUUCCAGGAGCUGCGGUACAGCGUGGCUCUAGUCCUGAAGGAGAUGGCGGAUCUGGAGAAGAGGUGUGAGCGCAAACUGCAGGACUAAAUCUUCGCUUCGCCAGUCCCAGUCAGGUCAGCCAGGGACGGAGGCUCAGACCGGCCUGCGGACAGCACCAGCAGGCAGCCGGCUCUUCCCAGAACCCUGCCCUUCCCGUGAGGCAGACUCUUCAGUGAGAGUGAUUGAGUAAUUAUGUAAUUUUAUGGUUAAUUGAAAAAAACAGCUGUGCCUUUUAAAAAAAUUUGGAAGUAAAGGAAAUGUAAAAAACACAUUUCUGU